UGUGUGUUCACACUAGUGUGAACGUGUGUGUGUGUGUGUGUGUGUGUUUCCUUGCACUGUUGCUAACCUCAAACUCGUGUGUGUGUGUGUUUUUUUUAGAUUCUCCUGUGUCUAAGCCUGGUCCUGGGUACUCCGGAGCACCACGCAUCCAGAGGCAGGAGCAGGUCAUCCACCACUCCCCCAAGAAGAGCUCCCAGCCUGAGGGUCCCUACUCCAGCAGUAACACCCUGUCCAGCACGGCCUCCAGCGGGGGCCACAGCGACACCGACAAGUGGUCCGACCUGGGGGGCCCCGGAGCACCAGGGGAGGCCACUGACUCUGAACCCAACGGCCUGGGAGGGGGGUACCUCCAUGGGGCCUCGGCCGACAGCGGGAUAGACACCUCGUCUUACGGAGGGGGAGGGGGCCACCCACACCCCCACCACGGGAGCUCUAGUUCCCUCUUGGCUCCUGGGGGUAGAGAGGGGAGGGAUAGAGCUCCAUCCCCUUGGCAUAGCCCCACUGAGGGGGACAGGAGGGUGCUUGAGAGGUCCUCGACAACCGUGGAGUCCCCACAACCCCCAUCGGAGAGGGGGGAGAGAGGAGAGGGGACUGCUAGGACUCCUCCUACACACCUGUUGGUUAGAGAUAGCAGCUGGUUCAGUCUGAGUGACGCAGGGUCACACUCCAGCUCCAGAGGCCAUUCUGGCCACAGUUCCCCCGUGAAGAGUCCUCUUCCUCGGCCACCUCCCCCUGCUCCCAGACGCCGGUCUCCCCAGCCCCAAGACCUUCUACCCCGUCAGGGAGCCACCUCCAAGUACCUGAUCGGCUGGAGGAAGCCAGGAUCCACCAUCAACUCUGUUGACUUCGGAGACAACCGCAGGAAGUCCCCGGGGGAGGGAGGAGGAGGAAGUGGAGGAGAGGGGGGUGGAGGUCAGGGUGGGGUCGGUGUUCAGAGCAGACCUCAUCACUCUCCCCAGCCACACCUCACCCACGCUAAGACCAGUGCAGAGGAUGAUAUGAAGCGACUGAGUCCAGACAGCCCCCUCAAACACAGACGGCACAAGGCCAAGGAUAAGUCCUCCUCAGGCCAGCCCCCUACCCGUCGAUCACUCCACCGCACCCUGUCUGAUGAGAGCAUCUACCGGGGCCAGCGUGUCCCCUCUCUGAGGCUGGGGGACCUCGAACCAGACCCCAGCCUGGCUAGUGACAUGCUGUUCAGCUGCUCCACGUUGCCCCGUUCUCCCACCACCCGCGGGGUGCCCCUCAGACGACCUUCGUACAAACUGGGGAUCAAACUCCACGGUGACCUAUCUGCGUCUGACACAUCAUUGGCUGAGAUGGUUGAGCGUCAGCGCCACCCCCUCCCCCAGGAGCUGAUGCCCCUCCCCCCCUCUGAGAGCAGGGACAGCCCCCUGGACUGGACCCACCUGGUGGAUGUGGCCAGCACCUUUGAGAUCCAGAGAGGGUUUGUGUUCAGUGAUUCUAACCCCAGAGGUAGUGGAGCCUCCAGCCCUCACCAGUCACAGCCCAGCCUGGAGAUACAGCUUGGCCCUCUAUCAAGACCCUCAUCCAGUGAGGGUCCUGCAGGUUUGGAGAGGAAGUUGACCAAGCUGGAAGCCAUGGUUAGGAUGCUGCAGGAUGACCUGAAGAAGGAGCGUGAGGAGAAGCAGCGUCUCCAUCUACAGAUCAAGAUGCUAUGGGAAGAUAACCAGCGGCUGCAGGAGGAGUCCCAGAGCUCUGCUGCCAAACUCAAGAAGUUCACAGAGUGGGUUUUCAACACCAUCGACAUGAACUGAGACAGAAGAGAGAGAGUCAGGAGAGAGAGAGACAGGAGAGAGAGAGACAGGAGAGAGAGAGAGAGAGAGACAGGAGAGAGAGAGAGAGAGAGACAGGAGAGAGAGAGAGAGGGACAGAGGAGGAGAGAGUGAGGUGAUGAAGAGGACUUUUCAACUGGAUGGAGAAGAGGAAGAGGAAGAGAGUGAGGAAGAGGAAGAGAGAGUGAGGAAGAGGAAGAGAGAGUGAGGAAGAGAGAGUGAGGAAGAGGAAGAGAGAGUGAGGAAGAGGAAGAGAGAGUGAGGUAGAGGAAGAGAGAGUGAGGAAGAGGAAGGGUGAGGAAGAGGAAGAGAGGGUGAGGAAGAGAGUGAGGAGAGGGAGAAGAGGAAGAGAGAGUGAGGAGAGGGAGAAGAGGAAGAGAGAAAGUGAUUGUCCUUGACUCGAGCCAAACAUCGGGACCAGUGCCAACCACCCCAAAACCAUUACCUCCUUCUCCCUGGAACUCGCUGAAGGACCCCUCAACCCCUAGUGUCUCCCCUCCUACCCUCGGUCUUCAGUAAAGUUCCCUUCUCACACUCAGGACCAGAGCCUAGAAGGACAGUGUUGUUGUGGUAAAUAACCCCCUCCUCACACACUGGCUGAGGAGGUGUGUAUUUGUAAUGUGAUUUCAGCCCAGAAAUACUAGAGCUUAGAACACUGGAGCGUUGUCUCCUCGUCUCCUCCCACAGCGUCUGAGCUGACUUCACUCUGGGAGUGGUAGGAGGACAAAGAGAGUUUUGUUUACCCACUAGACCACACUAACUGUAACAGCCCCUUGUGGAAACUGGAAUCGCUCCUCUCUCUUUCCUCUCUCUUUCCUCUCUCUUUCCUCUCUCUUUCCUCUCUCUUUCCUCUCUCUUUCCUCUCUCUUUCCUCUCUCUUUCCUCUCUCUUUCCUCUCUCCUCCCUCUCUCCUCUCUCCUCCCUCUCUCCUCCCUCUCUCCUCCCUCUCUCUCCCCUCUCUCUCCCCUCUCUCUUCACUCUCUUUUCACUCUCUCCUCCCUCUCCUCCUCCUCUCUCCUUUCUCUCCUCUCUCUUCCCUCUCUCCUCUCUCUUUCUCCUCUCUUCCCUCUCCUCUCCUCUC